GACGUCCCGGAGGUGUUGGUGGCUUUGGCAAGAGCGCUGAUUACUCCGAUGAUGGACCCCGCGGCAGCCGCCACAAUGAGACCGCUGCAUAUGUCGUCACUGCAACUCAUGAAUCUGAAAUUGACUACAAGAAGGAGGAGAAGCACCACAAGAAUCUUGAGCACCUAGGCGAGGGCGGGGUUGCUGCUGCUGGUGUUUUUGCCCUGAAUGAGAAGCACAGGGAAAGGAAAGACCCAGAGCAAGCCCACAGGCACAAGAUAGAGGAGGAGGUUGCUGCAGCAGCUGCAGUUGGGUCUGGUGGAUUUGCCUUCCAUGAGCAUCAUGAGAAGAAAGAGACAAAGGAAGAAGAGAAAGACUCUCAUGGAAAGAA